AUGAAAGUGUCAAAGAUACUUAUGAGAGCUGCAGGCUCAUUAAGAUUAGUAAGUCGUUUCUUGGAUGUCCGUUUCAAUCUAUCAGUCGGAGAUAAAACAGUUGGACUUAACGUUUUCUGCAUUUUAAGCAAUGCCGAUAUCCAGGCAAACAGACUUUUUAAGUUGCUAAAUUCAAAAAGAUCUAAAAGCUCACCUGUUCCUAAUGCAUGGUCCGUUUCAGAUGAAACUACUCAUCAGUAUUCCCCUGUUUACAUUGCACAACAAGAUGGUUUAGCACAGCUUGACAAGAUUAAUGCCUUGCCGGGCCAGCCUGCAGGCGUUAAUUUGAAUCAGUACUCAGGAUAUGUGACGGUUAAUCAAAAUGCAGGGAGGGCUGUUUUCUAUUAUUUUGUCGAGUCUCCCACUGAUUCUUCCACUAAACCAUUGGUUUUGUGGCUAAAUGGAGGUAUAUUUUCAUUUGAUCGAAUUUUCAUUUUCCAUCACUAA